GGUUGGGUGCAGCACACACCAGUCACCGAAGGGUGUCGCACCAGGCCGAGACUCACCUGGGGCGCGCGCAGGCAGGUGAGAGUGACGCAAAGGCUACCUGUUCAAACCACAGUGAAGUGGAAGGUGACCGCUGCCCAACUAGAGUCGAACUAAGCUCUUGAUGCUGCCCUUGCUUCAUUGACUGCUGCAUUAAGUCAGUCUUCAUCUUCCAUUUCAUUAUUUCUGAAAAGAAAUGAAAUGAAAUUCAACUCCACUGAAUUGUUCUCCCUUGCACAGAAGACUCCCUUCUAUUUUGAAAAGGAAGGCAUUUUGAAAAUCAGGAAAUCAACAACCAAAUGGAGAAAACAUCAAGGACUAAUAGAAAGAUGGUGCCGCCUGAAAGGAAACCUGCUGUUCUUAAUGAAAAAUAGAAGCAGUACAUCAGGUCCUGCGGAAGUAAUACUCCUGGAACGAUGUUACAUUGUGGAAGGCAGAGAUAGCAAGAGCCCAGCUUUAACUAUCACUUUUCAGAGUGGAGAGCCAGACAUUUAUCUUGAAGCCAUCUCAAAGUCAGACUGUGGAGAGUGGAUUGCAGCACUCCGACAAGCAAACUCUGAAGGUUUGCGAAGGAGAAUUGCACACCUUCAGCAACUCAUCAUGGACAUCAAAGGCAAUACAAGCCCAGAUGAGGCCCAUCAGAUCCUCCCUAUACCAGAGACACAAUCUCCAUUGAUAGGGAUUUCCAAUUUUCCAUUUGAACCCAAGUUGGAAUUCAGUCUCGCAUGCAAGGAACUGGUGGCUACAGCUCGUGAUCGGAAGCCGAAUGCCUUUGUGCAGAUCGCAGUCAUAAAUCCUACACAGCAGAGCCUGACCAGAUACUCUAAUACUGAAACAGUGGAGGGAACAAGGGAUCCAGUGUUUUUGACUGGUGCUACCUUCCCACCGGGCUAUCCCAUUUAUGAAGAGACGCGGGUGAAACUAACCGUCUACGAUGUCAAAGAGAAGUCCCAAGAAACCCGAAGCUUCCUGGGCUCUGCUACGUUUACUAUAGGUGAUCUGCUGAAGUCGGAAGAGCAAACGCUGACUAUAAAUCUAAGCCCUCUAGAUGGUUCAAGCAAAGUGGGGACCAUAGUGAUCAGCAACCUUAAAAUGGGUGAAAAAGAGAAUGAAGAUGCAGACCAAACUCCUUCUGAAGCAUCACGAGAAAAGUCAGCUUUAUGUGGCAGUGCUUUGUACAAGACUGUUAAUGAUGCUGAAAAAUUCUCAAUACUAGAUUCAGUGUUUAAAAAUAUCAUAUAUAAAGUUUAUAAAUUACCUACAGCCAAUGGCAAGUGGCUCUGUGUACGAGAACAAAUGGCUGAAAGUACACUGUCCUUCCAUAUCCCCAAGCAACUGAUAAAACUCUUCAUCCAAGAAGAUACAAGAAGGCUGCAAGAUCUCGAGGAACUAGGCGAGCUUUCUGCUCACUGGGACACCCUACGCCAAAAUGUAACUGUCCACUACCAGCAGAUGAUUAGCAGCUAUCACGAAGUACUCACGGAACUCAGUAAAUUCUCAGGGUCUUCAUUCAAACCAAGCUGCAGCAGAGGGGAGAAGAAGCUUGAAUUUGUUCCAGUUAACCUGCAUUUACAGCGAAUGCAAAUUCAGAACAGUUCUGCCAGAACAGAUGCCACUUAUGAUGUGGUUACGAUUGGAGCUCCUGCAGCUCACAUCCGGGGUUUUCGAAAUGGAGGUCUUCGCAGGCAGCUGUACAGAUUUGAAGGGGAAAAGAGAAACUCAGCAUACCAAUAUAUUUACUAUUCACCUGAAGACACAACCAAAGCAAAAGAAGUCAUCACCAACAUUUAUAAGCUUCAGCCUCGCAUAUUGAGCAACUCUGAACUCCUUCUGACUGCAGCAAGGCAACACUCCAGUGACAGCCUCAAAGAUUCAUUGAAAACGCUCAGUGAAAUAACGGAGCAGUUUGUACAUACUUUUGAAGACCAGUUGUUGCGAAGUGCACUGUUGGCUCUACAUAAGGCUCGUCCAAGUUACAUCAACAAAAAGUGCUCCACUCUCAUCCCUAACCCAGACACAGCCGAAGAACAAACUGAAAACAACGAACGCAAGUCCAGUAAAGAUUCAAUACCUCACCAUGCUGAAUAUGAUGAGGAAGAUUGGGACAGAGUGUGGGUGAAUGUGGGAAAAAGCUUGAACUGUAUAAUUGCAAUGGUGGACCGACUGCUUGAAGAAAGCAGCAGCAGCCCAGACUGUGAACUAAAUUCUUCGUCAGCUGACCAGAGCUCCUCUUCAGCAUGUGAUAACUGGUACGAAGGGCUGUACCCGCUGGUAAUUACUCUGAAGGACUGUGUCAGUGAAGUGAUUAACAGAGCAAAGAAGGCCAUGGUGUUUGUUCUUCUGCAGGAUUGUGGUUCCAAUAUACCACAGGCCCUGGCACUGCAUCAGAGGAGAGACGUUGUGUUUAGCCAAGCACUUGCAGGCCUGGCCUGUGGGUUUGUGAUCAAACUGCAAACUUGUUUGCACGAUCAGGGUUUUCUACUGCAGCUUCACACAGUGGGUUUGCUGGUGCAGUUUGAAGGACUUCUCAGCACAUACAGUGAAGAGAUCGGAAUGCUAGAAGACAUGUCAGUUGCAAUAACAGAUUUACAGAAAGUGUCAUUUAAAGUUGUUGAAGCACAGAUGGAAGAGAGUGCUAGUGCUGACCUUUAUCCUGUUGUGACUGGAAUCCGAGAUUUUUACACAGUGGAGGUGCAACUUCCCAGCAAAUUGUUUGAAGCUUUGCCUCAGGAAAUCAAAGAUGGAAAGUUGUUGCAUGUACAUCCAGUGUUUUUUAACAUUGGAAUAAAUGAACAACAAACUCUGGCUGAAAGGUUUGGAGAUAUUUCACUGCAGGAAAUUAUAAACCAAGAGAACUUUAAACUGCUUAAUAAAUAUUUCAAGUCAUUUCAAGAAAACUUAUCACCUGAUUGUCUGCCUCGGUUUCAAACCCAAAUUGAUUUAAAAGACCUUUUUCAAAGCCUCAGUGAAAACAUCCAAGCUAGGAAGAGAAAGAAUGUGGAAAUCCUAAAACUUGCUGCAUCUAUUUGCCGAAGGCUCAAUGGAAUACGUUUUACAAGCUGUAAAAGUGCCAAAGACAGGACGUCCAUGUCAGUAACGUUGGAGCAAUGUGUCAUUCUGCAAGAAGAACAUAGCCUACAUCCGGACUAUUUUGUCCGAGCACUGGACUGUAUGAGAAGAGAAGGAUGUCGGAUAGAAAAUGCGCAGAAGAAUAUAAAAUGCAGGAAAUAUGCAUUCAACGCAAUUCAGCUGAUGGCAUUCCCAAAAUAUUACAGGCCACCAGAUGGGACAUAUGGAAAAGCAGACACUUAAGCAAUCUUAUUUGUAAACAUAUAGUUUACAAAAAAAAAAAAAUCACGUGUUUAUUAGCUUCAUGUAGACAAAGUGAGUAAUUUAUCUAAUUUUUUGACUGAGUGAUUUAUCUGCUGUCCAUUUAUAUUAAUCAUAUUGGUAAUCAUAUUUAUGUCUAAACAAAUGAAAAUUGUACAUAGCCCUUGGCAAUCAUUUUGUUUGAAGGACCUUGCCAUUUUUUUCCUUGUUAAUGUUGUACAAAGAACACUAGCAUAUUGAGCUGUUUGCAAAUCUUUUCAAAAAGCAAUACCCCUGUUAAUAAUAUAUUAAAUGGCUAUUCUUUGAUUUGAUAUGUUUGGAACUGGAUGCUCUUGUUACAACAGGUUAUUGUCCACAGUUAUGUUUCUAUUUUUCAGGAUUGCCAAUGAGAAGUAAGAACUUUUUUUAAAUGUUUUGUAACACAAGCAAAUGCAUACUGCUAGAUGUUUGAAAUUAUUCAACCCAAUUCAAGUGCAAGAUUGGGACUAUGUGAUUUGAAGAAUUACUGUAUUACUGCUGGUGUUUGUGCCAGAACAUUUUCCAGUUCACUAAACAGCACAUCAUGUUCUUAAAAGGAGUAGGUAUAAAAUGGACAUGUUUUAAUGUGUGUAAGAUUAAACAUAGCCUUCAAACUGACACUUACAUAUUAACAUCAGAAAUACAUUUACUAACUAAGAAACUAUUUAAAUACAUUAAAAACUAUUUCAGCAUUUUAAAUUUACAUAUCCCUUUUAUAUAACAGCUGUAAAACAUGCAGAAAAUCUGCAUUAUUAUAAUACUGAAUUCUGUGGAGUAAAAAUAGGCAACUCUACAAUCACACAAGACACAGUUAAACAAAUGUUUUUAAAUAACCUUACAUGUGUUAGCUUUCUUGAGGUCCUCAAACAUUUUAAAUCAAUUGAUAUUUAUGCUGCUCAUACAGCAUUAUAAUUAAAGAACCAAGCAGAUGUGGGUUGUGAUACUCAAAGAAGCUAUCUGCAAGUAUCCAGGAAGAAGAGCAAAAUCUUCAGGAAAAUAAUGAAAAUUAGUGCCUCUGGAGAAAUAAGGUUGGAGCUGGUGAGAAGUUAUCAUUCUCUAUCCAACUGUCAGUAUAACCUAUUUAUUGCAAUCAAUAAUACAAUGUUGAUUCAAAAAGAUGUUAUUUUUGUGCAUGACAAGGUGAUCUUGUAAAACUGGUGUUUUUCUGUUCCGUUGAUCACUGCAGUCAAAGCAACUGCAAAAAGCAAGAUUUGGUGAAUUUAACUGUUUGUCCAAAUAAACCUAAUUCUCUUUAUAGAUUAUUUUUAAGAGCAAUCUUUUGGAUUUGGAGGUUAGCUAAAUAGUUUAGUACAAAAGUAAUAUCCCAGAAACUGGGCUGCAACCCAAGGACUCAAACAGUUGAGAUUAAGGCAUACAAAAUGAACACAUCCAUUUUCAUUGCAGUAAAAUGUUAGAAUGGGGACAUUAGGUAUAUUGUUUCUAACAAAUUGUUUUUUACACCAAAGAUAGAUACAAUAUCUCUAUUUCCUUACUGAUUAUGUUAAGUUUUAUAACAACCUGUUGGGAGCGUUUACCUUUGCUACACUUUUUCUUAAUUCACAAAAAAGUGCCUGUUUUUAUAUCUUAGGAGUUUACUCAUAUUUUCUGUUUCCUCGCUAUAAUUUUCUUAGUAAUCUUUUCUGAUUUUAAACCCCUGUUAAUGGUUUAAUGGAUCUUAUAAACAUACUGUUGUUAAUGUUAUGGUUGGCCAAAGUUACAACAUUUUCUAAAGGAGUUUUCAUAUCAUGUUGUCAUUGACAAUUAUGAACAUCUUUAAAGUAGUUAUCUUUUUUAAUCUACCCUUGCAUCUCAUAAUUUAGAUUGUCAAUUUACCCAGUUUGAUCUCCCCUUUCAAUAUGAUGAUUAUAGCUCCCAAUUAAAUGCAACACCAUGUCAAUUAUGCUAUUUUAUACUCUGACCAAAAAUUAUAGCUGAAAAUUCCCACAUUGUUUU